AUGACGACUUCGAUGGUUCUGCAUCCACGCUGGGCGGACACCUUUAUGUACGUAUAUGAAAAAAGCCCGAAUGAAAAUAAUCAGAAUAAAAACCAUUCCAUGGAGGGACUGAGCGGGAAUUGUCCUGCUACCCACUGCAGGGAACUGAUCUCGCACACCACGUUGGGACGACACUCAGGCAGCAUUGCCCACCAAAGUUCUGUAUACUCGGAUAUAAACCCUCAGGACAUGGGGAGACAAUGCCCCGCUCCACAGACUUCCUCAAACACCAGCCUAGGAUAUGGUUACCCGUUCGGAAGCCCUUAUUACGGGUGUCGGUUGUCGCACACCCAUAACGUGAAUUUACAGCAGAAGCAGUGCUCUUAUCACACCACCGAUAAAUACUCAACAGAGCCCAGCGCGGCGCUGCCCACGGAAGAACUGUCAAGUCGUCCAAAGGAAUUUGCCUUUUACCCAAGUUUUGCCAGCUCAUAUCAGACUGUCCCAAGCUACCUGGACGUAUCAGUGGUGCCUGGUAUCAGUGCGCACCCGGAACCAAGACAUGAGACUUUGAUACCCAUGGAUGGCUAUCAGCACUGGGCUCUAUCAAAUGGCUGGGAUGGACAGGUGUACUGUUCCAAAGAACAAACUCAGUCAGCACAUCUUUGGAAGUCGCCCUUCCCAGAUGUGGUCCCUUUGCAAUCAGAGGUCAGCAGCUACCGGCGAGGUCGCAAGAAGCGAGUUCCAUACACUAAAAUCCAACUGAAGGAGCUAGAAAAGGAAUAUGCCGCCAGUAAGUUCAUCACCAAAGACAAGAGAAGACGGAUAUCAGCCACCACGAACCUCUCCGAACGCCAGGUUACUAUUUGGUUCCAGAACCGACGAGUAAAAGAGAAGAAAUUCGUCUGUAAAUCAAAGCCAAGCGCCCACAUGCAUGCAACUUGA